AAACAGUCCGAGGAAAAGCUCCAACUUAUACUGCUUGGGUCCUCAAACGUGCAUGCAGGAGGUUGGAUUAGUAUGAGCGCGUGCAGGGGGCUCUUUGAGAGCCCUUUAGUGUAAAUGUUACUUUUGCAUGUUUACUUUCUUUUUUUUUUUCAGGAUUCUGACCCAAAAGCCCAAAUAGAAAAAAAAAUACCCUGAGUGGUUAAAGAGGGGCUACUGAAGUUAGUGCUUAUAUAUAAAGCCAGUCGUUCUAUGUGUGUUUUAACCAUGAUAGUCUUCACAUCUGCGUCGCACUUUAAUGGACCACAGCGUGUUACCACAUUUUUCUGCCACUGGAAGGGCGUUUCGGUUUUAACAGACAGCGGAAAACCACAAAGAGGGAAGACAAUACAUUCUGGAGACCUUUCUGCACAUGGAUUAAAUUAACUGGAACAUGAAAAAAAAAAAAACUUUAUACCUGAAAGAUCUUUGAUCUAAUUUGCAUCAUCAAUCGCAAAUGUUGGCCUGAAAGUUAGGAUUAAGUAAAGCAAACUGAUGCGCGUAAGAAGGGAUGCCAGCCAGGCGUGGCUUGAAUCUCAGUGUCCAAUGUGAGAAUGCGUGGGGAGUAUGUAUAUAUUAGAGUCUUUCCAUUUGAUAAACACAGAUAUUAAACCCAUGAUUAUAGCAAAGGACUAUCAAUAAACUGAGAGGACUUCCCUGAGUUUGGAGGAGCGCGGCGCGCAGGGGACGCUCUUUUUUUUUCCUGGGUGCAUGGACCGGACUUGUGUGUAAAACUUUUCUCCCUCCGCAUCUCGCUGCUCAUACAUCUCAAAUGCCUUCGCUUAAUGUGACAGCUGUGCAAACGAUGGCAGAGGUCGGGAGUUUGCUGGGGACGCUCGACUUGGAUUUACAGACCUUCCCUGCGCUGGUAAGCGCACCCGUGCCGGAGACUCCGGUGGGGCUGAGCGAGCGGCUGGGGCAGAUUGAGGGCAGGCUGCAGCAGGGGUCGCCCACAGAUUUUGGCCACCUUAAGGGGAUCCUAAGGCGGCGGCAGCUCUACUGCAGGACAGGCUUUCAGCUGGAGAUAUUCCCCAACGGCACAGUGCAUGGGACAAGGCAGGACCACAGCAGAUUUGGUAUCCUGGAAUUCAUCAGCCUGGCAGUGGGGCUGGUCAGCAUCAGAGGGGUGGAUGCUGGACUCUACCUGGGCAUGAAUGAGAAAGGAGAGCUCUAUGGAUCGAGCAAGCUUACAGCAGAAUGCGUGUUCAGGGAGCAGUUUGAGGAGAACUGGUACAACACGUAUGCUUCCACGCUCUACAAGCACACAGACACGGGACGCUUCUACUAUGUGGCGUUAAACAAGGACGGCUCGCCCAGGGAGGGCGGCAGGACUAAGAAACACCAGAAACUCACCCACUUCUUGCCUCGGCCGGUGGAGAUCGAGAAGAUCCCUCAGGCGUACAGAGACGUGUUCCAGUACAGGUGACCAGCGCUCCCACUGGGAGAACUGGUUACAACUGGAGUCCCAGAGACAAACAAGGACGAAGAGGAGGAAGAUUAGAGAAGGGGGGAAGGUGUCGUGGACAUUCUGGAUGGUGUGCAGAACUGUUUACCCCUGAGCUCACAUCGAGGUCAUGUGACCAGGACAUAAACGAUAAACUCGGUCCUGGGUGCCUCUCAUCCGCCUCGGCUUUGGACUUCAGCUAAAUGCUUCCUCUGUGGAGGACUGAGCAGUUUGGGGUCAACCAGAAAGGUCAAAAAAGAUGCAAGGGGUUGAUUUUUGUGUAGAGACUUAAAUGACAUUCUUCAGCACACAGAGAGGGGGGAUCCUUGUGUGCAUUUUAAAGCACAAACCUGAAAAACUAAACCUGGAGGCUAAGAGACCUCCAGGAAGUUCCAUUCAGGAGUGCUGCAGAUAUUUCUGAUAUCAUACAAGAAGGGUUAGGCUUGCUUAGUUUGGUAUAUUCAGGUACUUUAAAAUCUGUACGCAGAUAAAAAACUAUUACUAGUCGAAUGUCAAAGAUGGAAAAUGAGGGUAACAUCUCUGCCAUGACUGUAGGACUGAUGAAGCACUUACCUAAACAUCCAAAGCCCCAGCUGAGGGUCUGGUCUCAACCUAAACAUCUCAUUUAAAUGAGUAAAUUUGGGGCGUAAGCACUUCACCAACUGCGGUUUAAAGGAGCAACAGAUACAUUUGGUUCAGAGCUGGCGACUUGUAAUGUUCAGAGUGCCUUGAACAUUAUUAAAGAAAAAGAAAUGCAAGCAUCUGAGGUGUACAUAUGGGUGUUCCUAUUUAUGAGAGGUACAAUAUAUUUAUUUUCUACAUAUAAAGUAUAAAUCUAUAUAUUUAUUUAUUGCAGAGUUUAUUUUGUAAUGAACGUGAAGACAAAUGGACUGCUACUGAAAUGAGGCAAACGGAAACAAAAAGAUUGGAGAACUGCAACAUGACAAUAAAAUUGUCCUGCUUUGGAGAACUUAUUGUGAGAGGCCGUUCUUGCUUGGAUUAAAGUGUGAUGUACCAAUUAAAACCAGAUGUAUAAUAUAUGA